AUGCUAGCCAUCGCUGGCCGGAAAGUCAAUCCACGCCAGCAAUCGUACAUUCAGACCAAAUCGCUUCUGUCUUCUAGCUGCCCCCUCUCCAAACGACAUCUUUUCUCUGGCCUCCAUACUCCCCAGCGACGGCCUAUCUUAAGACCCUGCAAAUACCAGGCCCAACACUUGGCUGCUGAGGGUCUUGUGCAACGAAAUAGUUAUGCCGUCGAAAAGAAACAGAAAACCAAUCCCAAUCCCAAGCCCAAACCCAAACCCAGACCAGAACCGGUGGUGCUAACACCGAGCCAAAAAGAUGGAAUUGCUGUUCUCAAGGACCUUUCAAGGCGGCUUACAAGAACGGGGAGAACACUCAAGGCGCAAGACCAACCAGACUUGUCCUUUGAUCAAGUAUUGGAGGCGAGUGGCAUCAAAGUCACAGAUAAUGAACCUAGGGCACAACGUAUGGUAAAGAGGAUAGAAAAGGUAUAUACUGGGACGUUGUAUUCCCAGUUCAAUGCUGAGCGCGCUACCUUUCUCCAACCUGGCACCAGCAUUUCAGCCAAGUCAGUUCCGCACCAGUUGCUCUCUCGCCUGGGCUUCUUCGAUGCAGAGCAUGCUUCUCCUGAGACGACGACUCCUGUUCAGGUGUCCAGCGCAGACCAAGGGCCUCUAAAGUCACCGACUCCUGAUCAAGUGGUCAGCGCAGAUCAAGGCCCUCUAAAGUCAACGACUCCUGUUCCUGCGAUCAGCGUAGUUCAACCUCCUCCGAAAUCACGAACUCCUGUUCAAGUGGUCGGCACAACUCAAGCUCGUCCUAAACCAAGAACUCGUCUUUAUGUACGGAGAGUGGCCGCUAAUAUUCGCGAGAAAGUGCGCGAGCCCAUUGCCAGAACCCGCACAGCCGUUGCCCCAAAAAUCAAGAAUCCAGAAGAGAGAGUUUGGACGCCAGCGUUUGAUCCAGACCUGUGUAAAUUUGCCACCAUUGAAGAUUACCAACUUAAUCCAAUAUCUGUGACUACGCCAGAAGUUCCCAGGUUGAGCUAUGACUUGUCUCGAGUUCUGUUCAAUCCUGGGGUCUAUCAGCUGCAAGAUCCCAGAUCACGGGUAUGGAAUUUUGACCCCUAUCUUGGGAACAUCAUGCCAGUCUCUGAAUUCAACUUUGAUGCCCUCAACAAAUAUACCACUUCUUCGGAAGAUCAAAACCUGCGGAACAUCGCAUUGCAGCACGAAAGUAGAUAUGUUGGGUCUACUUCAAGCAUGUCGGGGAUAUUGUCCCACUUUCACUUUCUACUUUCGAGCUUCCGACCAUUGACCAUCAACAACGUAUCGCGUGGAUUUGGUGAGGAUCAUUCCUCGUUCACCAAGCUGACAAGAGGUCCAAACGCAAUAUUCUUGCGAUGGAAAGAUGGCACAUAUGCUGUCGACGCAGACAAAGAGUUUGACUCGGCUAACGUUCUCAUGAGUCUCGGACGGUCGAUGGAAAAAUUGUUGACAUCAGAAAAGGAUGAAUUUGAAUUGUACCGAAGAACGGUUGAGUCAGACAAGACAAGCCAGCCUCAGUCGCAGCAAGGUGAAGCAUAUCACUACUCCCAACUGGGCCCAUUCUUGCUACGGUCUCAACUCGACUGUGCCGAUCCUCGCUUGCCCGGAACAGGAGUCUUUGAUCUAAAAACACGUGCCGUUGCGGGGGUCCGCAUGAUGCUUUCAAAUCCAGAAGCAGGACAGGGCUAUCAAAUCAAGGAUAGAUAUGGUACUUGGGAGUCCUAUGAACGCGAGUAUUAUGACAUGAUCAGAGCGGCGUUCUUGAAAUACUCUCUCCAGGUGCGCAUGGGCCGAAUGGAUGGCAUCUUUGUGGCGUUCCACAAUGUCGAGCGACUUUUCGGCUUUCAGUAUAUCCCACUUCCAGAAAUGGACCUCGCGCUCCAUGGCCAAGCGGACCCCGCGCUAGGUGAUCAGGAAUUUCGAUUGAGUUUCAAGUUGCUCAACGAUAUAUUUGACCAAGCAACUGCGAAAUAUCCAGAGACGUCGAUUCGGUUCCAUUUUGAGGCAAGAGAAGCGACCAAGGUCAGCCCGCCUUAUAUGUAUAUUUUCGCAGAGCCGGUGACCGAAGAUGAAAUCCGUAAGAUCCAGACCACGAAUAAGAGCGAAAUUGAAGCAUUCGAGGAACGACUGUUCAAUCCCCAUCGGUCUCCUCCAGAAGUCAAAAUGGCAGACGGUCUUGAUGCUAGCCAGCCACCCACAACUGAAAAGGAUGGCACUCCAGCCACCCAACAAGAUGAUGUCCAAGAGAACAUUGCAUUUCUCGAGAACAUGAUGGGUAUCAAACCCUCGGAGAAGACCUUCGAAGCUGAGAACCCCGAGACAUUGCCGGAGCCAGAGAAAGACGUUCUCGCAUGGAAGCUCACAGUGCAAAAUUACAUUGGAGAUGACAGGGUGGUGCGGCCACAGAACAUCAAAGACCCAGUCUCGUGGACUGUGAGAUAUCAACUAGAACCUCAGAGCCCCGCGUUGGGAAAACGUAAUUACACGCUUUGCAAGGGUCGACGCAGGGCAGUGUUGACUUUUCCUCAGGCUGAGGACGGCGCGGUUGGAUUCUAUAUUCAAAAACUGGUUGAUAUGAGUCGUCGAGGCAAAAAAUGGCGGCAAGAGCAGGAUGAAUCCGAUUCGCGGCGAGAGCAAGUUGUACUAUAUCAGGAAAAGCCACUUGUAGUAUAG